GUAUAAUGGAGCGUGGUUUUCAUGAUGGCAGGUGUGUCAUUCAUAUGUUUUGAUUUUUUACAUAAAUAAUUACGUUAUAAAAAUAUCAAAUGUUUGAUACUCUUUGUAAAAAAAUAGUAAAUACAGUAGUGACCGUGUGAGUGUAAUGUGUAUGUGACGCAGCUGGAGCAGUGGAAUGCGCGGCGCGGAAUAUGCUAGAUGGUAGUGGAGGGACGCGGGUGCAGUAAGAUGCCUUGCGAGAGCUGCGCGGUGCAGUUCAGCAUGUUCAAGCGCAAGCGGGCGUGCUGCGAGUGCGAGCGCUACUACUGCAGCAGCUGCCUGCGGCGCGGCGGCGGCGCCAUGUGCGCGCCCUGCCGGGUGCUGUCCACCCGCCCGCUCACGCGCCAGGCCAUAGCCCACCUGAAGGUGCGCGACCUGCAGUGCUUCCUGCAGCGGCAGAACGUCUCCACCCGCGGCUGCGUCGAGAAGGAGGAGCUGCUGAGCCUGUGCGUGUCGCACGUGAACAGCUCGGCGUACCGGCGGCGAGGCUCGCGCGCCGGCGCCAGCCCCUUCAGCUCGCUCAAGGGGCUCACCAGCAACAUCAACGACUUCAUCAACUCCGCCUUCGACAUCCGCAACGGGCCGCACCCCGCGCCGCCGCCGCCCGCCCGCGGCUGUGCUAGCAAUUGUUUCAACUCGUCUCACGUGCACAAUAACCAGAACAACGAUGCUCCAACCAACCGGCCGAACCCUUAUUCCGAACGAUUUACAACCACGCCAGGAGGUGAGGCGGACAUCCGCGUGGGCGUGCCGGAGCCGGCGUCGUCGGUGUCGCGCAGCGCGUCCGCCAGCAGCGCGCGCGUCGACACGGCCGACUGCUUCGAGAUAGAGGACCUCGACGACACCGGCUGGGAGUUCGUCAACCGGCCCGCCGACCCGCUGCCUAAUGACUCUGACGUGCUGCUGAGCACGUCGGGCAGCUUCGUGCGCCGCGCGUCGCUGCAGCGCGCCGCCUCCGAGCUGGACGUGCGCCGCGACGCCGCGCCGCCGCCCGCGCCGCCCGAACACGACACCGCCAGCCUCGGCGACGCGCCGCUCAUGGACCACGACAACGAUGCAGACCAAGGAACACCGAAGCACAUCAGCCUGGAGCAGUUCAAGCGCGUGUCGGAGCUGGAGACGCUGAACGUGAAGCAGCUGAAGGAGCUGCUGGUGCGCAACCGCGUGGAGUACCGCGGCUGCCUCGAGCGCAAGGACCUGCUCGAGCGGGCCAAGACGCUCUGGCGGAACCACCACCAGUACAACGACGACAUCGACAACCUGCCGGUGUCGGAGUGCUGCAAGAUCUGCAUGGCGGCGCCGCUGGAGUGCGUGCUGCUGGAGUGCGGGCACAUCGCCGCCUGCACGGCGUGCGCCAAGCAGCUCGCCGAGUGCCCCAUCUGCCGCCAGUACGUCGUGCGCGCCGUGCGCUUCUUCCGCUCCUAGGCGCCGCCGCUGUAAGCCACUUCUAUAUCAUAGCAUACUUCAAUAUUAGUGUAGUGGUGCUCUGCCACGCCGAGUGAUCCAGGUGAUCUGCGAGUGCUAUUUUGUAUCGGUAACGGCGUCAGGUCCUCGUUACUUCCACGUAGAGCAGCUCGCUCGGGCGGCAGUGCUUGUUGACGAGAGUGCUGACGUAGGUAGCUAGUUGCUUGCGAUCGACAAUACUACUCCGUGACCUCCCGUCACACAGUCUGCCAAAAGUACAGAACUGAUCAUGUAAAUAUUAAUAUGUUUAUAUUUUUAGCAGUUUUUAUAGAAAUCUAAACUGUUGUAAUAUUUAAACUGCAGCUGAUGUAAUAGCAAACAAAUAAUGAUCGUGAGCUCCUUGUGUACAUGUUAUUUAUUCAAUGUGAAGCCCCGAACAUACUGAAAAUCGUAACGUACGUGAUUGUUAAGUAAUAUUGUUCCUGACUUAGAUGUCGCUUUCACAUCAAUUUCCAUAAUAAAAAAAAUCUAAGGUAAAUGAAGUCAAAUUCAUCAUUUUAGAUUACUCCGAAGUAAAACGAUUAUAAUUUUCAGUACGUUCAAAUAGUUAGGUAUAUUUAUAAUAAAAUUAUAUCAUUGGUUUUAGAGUUAGCUCAAAAUUUAUGUUCGACACUCUGCCACAGUCGGCUGCUUGACUUCCUAAUAUACAUAUAACAUAAUAUUUCUUCUGUAAUAUUAGCAUAGCCUUACAAUAUAUACCAUUUUUUUUUUGUUGUAUUUUACUUAGUCACAUCGUACAGGCAUCGUGUGGUCUCAACGUUAGUGAGAACUUUGGAGCUAGGUAAACAAAAAAUUUAACCUUACUUUUAUAACUUACUACUUACUUACGCGAAAACCCGUCAAAUCGUGCAGCCGACUGUAGCCGCGGCACAAUUAUUUAUUAUGAAAUUGUUGUUAGUAUGCUAGCAAACGCGGGCUGUGUAAUUGCUCUAGAGUGGUAUUGAUUUAAAGUUAGCUGACGAGAGCGUCUCCAGGCCGCGGCAUCACGUGUGACGAGUACCGGCGGCCGCGGGGGACGCCCGUCAGGUUCACUUGUUCGAACAAACACAUAACGAUCUCUCUCUUUAUGUGCUAUACUAUAAAUUGUUUAUAUAAAGAACAAUUAACAUCGUUUGAACGCAUUGUCAAUAGGAGUUUAUAAAUGUACCACUUAAAAUUGUUGUUUAUGAUUUUAUAAUGAGUAAAAUUGGAUUGUAUUAUAUUAUUCAAAAUUAUUAUUCUAUAACCUUAAAGGUUGAAGAUGAAAUUGGAUCAGCUUGCAUGGCGCUGCACGACUGAGUUCAAUAAUGUAUUAUUUACGUAUAUGUAUUGUAUAUUUAAGUCUAUCGUAGAAAUGUUUAGCAGCGUCACCCAUGCGGAAAAUCUUAAUCAUCUGUAAAAUAAUAUGUAUUGGAGGCGUUUGUGGAAAACGUCACAAAUUGUAUAGUUUACACCCGAGAGCGGUGAAUACAAAUAGUGUCGUGUUGGCACCGGCGGCGCUGAGCUCAGCUGUUCGCCGCGGCUCGCCCGACAUGUAUAUAAUAUUACUUUAUUUUUGUAUGUGCGCGUGCGCUGCGGCGCCGCGGCUCGCUCGUGCGGUACACCGCACUCCGCACUCGGUACAACGCGCCGCAAUGAUGCUACAUCCUUACAAUAUAAACGUAACACAGACAUGUGACUCACAGAAAUUAGUACACUGAUGAAUUUCACUAAGUAGGGAUUUGAUGAUUUUCUCGUGGAAUUGAAUAGACGCGAAGGAGAACAGGGUAUAGAAAAAUAUAAAUUAGGACAGGAGCCUCAUUUUUAGUAGCUUAAAAGCAAUCAUAAUAGUUGUUUUGCUAAAUCAGUUUUUCUGACUUUUGAAAAGAAGGUUCGUUCGAAGGUUCCAUUAUUAAAGUAUGCUUAUUUAGAUAGUGAUCAGUUGUGUAAUUAGCCUUUCUAAUACUACCUGAAUUUCCAUUAAAGGUAGUGUUAUUAAAAUUAUAUGUUAAUUAUGUAAGUCUAAACAAAAUAAUUCUAUAAAAUUAAUAUUUGAAAAUCAGUUAUAAUGAGCAACAUGAAGUGUAUGUGCGUUGUACCAUACGAACGAUCUAAUAUUCAUAUUAUUAUAAUUGAUAAAAACAUGUUCCGUGUAAAUAACGAAUAUUGCAAUCAUUUCAAUAAAGUUGUAUCACAUAGAUAAGUUGAAUACACGGUAAAGCCUUAAA